AUGAAAGUCCUGAAAAGGCUUGCGGCCAAAUUCAGGUCGAAGAAGAACAAGAGCAAACCCCCUGAACCAAAACAAGAUAAGAGGUUAAAGCGCAAUAGAACAGCUCGCGACGGUUCUAAAGGCGCCGCCGCGGCCGACACGGCACCAACCAAUCCAGCACACGGGAAGAAGACGGAUUCAAAGACGUCGAAGGGAUCAAGGGGCACAGUCACAGACGAGGAAAGAUAUCGCUAUCAGAAAAUAGUGCUGGGAAUGACAGAUGCGCAGAUAGCCAGGCAAUUGAAGCCAGGGCACUAUGAGUUCCAAGGGGCGCCGUUAAGUGCUCGCCCUAUUGGCGAGGGUGAAUUGGCAUAUGCAUAUGGAUAUCGGUACAAGCAGACAGCCUGUUGA